CCUCGGUUCAGAAGAAUAUAAUAAAGUCUGAUUUUCAAGGUUCCGUCGAAAUUGCCGAGAAGGCAACCAAAAUUUUUGAAAGAAUGCAAAAAAGAUCAGUGCUUCCAAAUAUCGUGACUUGUAAGUGUGAUGAUUUCAAUUCUUUACUUUCUCACUAGGUUCGAUGUUUCUCACCCGUUGUUUUCAUGUCUAUAAACUCCACAGACAAUACUCUCAUUAGCAUCUGGGUCAAUGUUGGAACCCGAGAGGCAUUGAUCAAAGCAGAGGAUUUGUUCAGCCAAAUACGACAUCCCGAUUCUGUAACUUACUCCACUUUGAUUCACGGGUGGUCAAAAACCCGAUUUCCAGAAGCGAGUUCCAAAGCUCAAAAGCUAUUCAAGGAUGUAUUGCGACUUCCCCCCAGUCAGCAGCAGAGGAAUUUUAGUAUCACAAAACUCUGCAAUUCUGUGAUAUCGGCAUACUCCAAGUCUGGCAAAGAGGAUGCCCCCGAAUGUGUUGACUCUCUUCUGGCUCAGUUAGAAGGAAAGUAUCUCGGGGGUGAAAAGAGAGCGCAGCCGGAUAAGAUCACCUUUCUUGGAAUUUUCGAUACCUAUGCAAAGGCAGGAGUUUCGGAUGCGGAAGAGCGAUGCAAUAUCCUACUCGACCGUAUGAGUCAUUAUCGAGAUAUGCUUCACUUGGACGAAUUGGAACCAGAUCGGAUCGUAUACAACGUUGUUCUCAACGCUCUUGCCAAAAGCCAGCAACCGGAUGUGAUAGGAACGGUGGAGGACAUUUUAGUCAUGAUGGAAAACUCUCAAGACGAACUCUUACGACCAGAUAUAGUUACUUAUGCGACGGUGGUUGACUGCUAUACAAAGUGCGGCGAUAUGAGUCUUGAACGUGCAGAUGAGCUAUUACUCUUUGUGGAAGGGGGCUUUCGCAGCGGUGACGAGACGUUGAAACCAAAUGCUAUGUUUUACUCUGCGAUUUUACAAGCUUGGGCCAAGACAGCUACAGCGGAAGGGGCAGAAAAGGCCUUUUCUCUAUUGCAACGAAACAUCGCGUUGUAUGCCGAUGGAAACGAUUACGCAAAACCUCACACGAUUGUAUACAACGCGGUGAUGGAUGCUAUAGCCAGGAGCAAUAUGGCUGGGGCUGGUGCACGCGCCGAGGAUUUGUUGACCGAAAUGGAAUUCUUGUAUCAAUCGGGCGACGAGGACAUGCGACCUAGCAGGAGAAGCUUCAACGCUGCUAUACUUGCGUAUCGCAACGAGGGCAACGGGAGCAAAAAGGCAGAAGAGCUGUUGUAUCGAAUGGAAGAACUAGCCGACUCCGGAAGAAAUGAGGUCCGGCCCGAUGUUGUAUCUUAUAACAAUGCCAUUGCAGCGGUUGUCGAAGACACCAACAGCGAAAACACAGCAGAUAGGGCACAAGCCCUGCUGGAUCAAAUGGAAGUGUACGGAAUCAAGCCAGACGGAAGAACGUACAGUCCUGUCAUUGAAGCUUGGUUAAGACGGAACGAUGAAAAGGGACACGCACUAGCCGAUGUCAUGCUUACACAGUUCUUGGAUAAAGUGAAAGAAAGUAAAACGGGGAAUACUAG